GAAAGUGUGAAAUUUAAUAAAAAUCGGAGGAAGUAUUAUUAUCUAGAAAGUGUGUAGAAAGUGGGUAGGUAAUUUCCACUUAACAUUAAAGUGGGUACCACUUUGCAAUUUGCAGCUCAUACGUACAUCGGGAUAUGAGACUAGGGAAGGAAGGAGUUGACUGGGAAACAGUCCAUUUACAUUUAUUCAUUAUUAAUCACCGGGAAAUUUCGGGUUUGAUCACCGUCUAUGUUGACCGGUUCAGUGUUUAUUAGUCUUGCAUUCAUCUAUCCUUUCGAUCCCAAAUGAAAUUCACACUUUCCUUUUUGGGUAGGUCCAAAAUAAACUUCACAGUUCUUCUCCUUUUCUUAUUUGACAAAUUAUCUACAUCAAAACAGUGAAAAACAGUACUAAACAGUGUCAAACAGUGUCACAACAGUGUACUCUAUAAUAAAGUCAAAUUUAUUUCUUUAAUGUGUGAAGUAAAAGCGUGAAUUUCAUUUACGACCGGCAGUAUUAUCGUGAAACUAUAAAUAACAGCCUGCACAUUCUUUCCAGUCAUACUCCGUAUUAUUAUUAAUUCUUCAUCCCCUCCGGCCAGCAGAUGAGGAGGUUUUCAUCAGCCCUUUGCUUCAUCCUCUUCGUCGUGACGGCCUCAUCACUAGUACUGGAGGCGGCGGCCAGAAUUCGACAUCAUAGAUGGGAUGUAAAGUACGAGAUGAAGUCGCCGGAUUGUUACCGGAAACUGACUAUGACUAUUAACGGCGGAUCUCCGGGGCCCACCAUCAUUGCAGAAGAAGGUGACACCGUCGUGGUCGACGUCACCAACAAUCUAGGCACCGAAAAUCUGGCUAUCCAUUGGCAUGGCAUCACACAGAGAGGGACACCAUGGGCUGAUGGCACAGAGGGGGUCACCCAAUGCCCAACUCUACCGGGGGAAACCAUCUCUUACAAAUUUGUCGUCCAUCAAGCGGGGACAUUCCUUUACCAUAUGCAUUAUGGAAUGCUACGACAAGAAGGAGCGCAAGGAAUGAUCAUAGUGGCUAGUAAAAAGCCGGAACCAUUUAAAUACGAUAACAAAUACGAUAACGGCACAAGCUGUAUUCUCUUGGAGGAUUGGUACCACAAAGGUUAUGUCGAACAAGCCGUUGGCCUUGCUUCCUCGCCCUUUCAGUGGGUUGGUGAGCCUCAGUCACUUUUGAUAAAUGGAAGAGGAAAGUUCAACUGUAGCGGUGCAUGCAGUGAUGCAGUUUGUAAUAAUUCAAGUCCGGAGUGUUGGCCGUAUUCCAUCUCCGUCGAUCCCGGCAAGAUUUACCGGCUUAGAAUCGGGAGCUUGACAGGCCUUUCUGCAUUAAGUUUCGAAAUUGAGGGUCAUGAAAUGACCGUGGUUGAGGCGGAUAGUCACUACGUGGAACCAUUCGUGGUGAAAAAUCUGUUCAUUUAUUCGGGCGAAACAUAUUCGGUAUUGGUCAACGCCAGCCAAGACCCUACAAGGAACUACUGGAUGAGUUCAGCGGUAGUGGCUCGGAACCGGACCACACCAAAUGGGUUGGGCAUAUUCAGUUACAAAGGCAACGAUCGAAGGCAGCCGCCGCCCACCGCUCCACCGGUCGGAGUGAGUUGGGAGGACCCUGCGCCGAGGCUGAAGCAGAGCUUGGCAAUCAAGGCCCACCCGGAUUUCAUCCAGCACCCGCCCCAAACACGGGACCGCGAAAUUGUGAUGCUGAACACGCAAAACAACGUGAACGGGAUAAGGAAAUGGGCCGUGAAUAAUGUGUCCUUGUUUUUACCCCCAACGCCGUAUCUGGUCGCGCUUCGGAACGGAACACUACAGCCUCCGGACACCUACGACGUGAACAACUACGACAUCUAUUCCGUGCCGAAGAACCCAAACGCCACGGCUAGCGACUCAUACUACAAGCUCAAGUUCAACUCCACUGUGGACAUCAUCCUUCAGAAUGCCAACACGCUGAGCCCUAAUAACAGCGAGCUACACCCGUGGCAUUUGCACGGGCAUGACUUUUGGGUGCUGGGUUAUGGAGCAGGGAGGUAUAACAACUCCACUGACCUGGCCAAGUUCAACCUUGUGAACCCGAUCAUGAAGAACACUGUCCCGCUCCAUCCCUACGGCUGGACGGCGUUGCGGUUCAAGGCGGAUAACCCGGGGGUCUGGCUGUUUCAUUGCCACCUGGAUGCGCAUUUCUUCAUGGGGAUGGGUGCGGUUUUUGAGGAAGGGAUUGAAAGGGUGGGGAAACUGCCCUUGUCCAUUAUGGGAUGCGGUGACACCAAACACUACACACGACCAUAGGCCGGGAGCAGGAAAACUGAUCCCAGGCCGCCGUACCAACUCGAUAUCAUCUUCGGUCUUAGUUAGCUGCUGCUUAAUUGGGCCUCAUUAACUAAGACUGUGUUUUGGAUGAGAGUUCUUAUGUAUUAUGAGCUGUAGCUUUUUCUUUGCACGACUAUUAUAUUAUUUAUUUAUUGUAAUUGUAAUUGGGGUUUGCUUUUCGACGAAUUAAUUAAACCCCACUUUUUCAAUGAAUAUGCAUCUAAUCAUAUUCAGUUAUUCACUAGCUGCUAGUAUAUACGAAGUAUCUAUCAUACGUAGUAGUAUAUACUCCCUCCGGUUCUUAUUAAAGUUCUCAGUAUGACUUCACACAUAUUAAGAAAAUGAAUUUGACUUUA